GUAUUAUUUUGUGGGGACGCUUUUACUGUGAAAGAACCUCAGGGGGAAGCGGAGGUUCUCUGCUGUCAAGAAGAAAAACAAGCAGGACGACACGUCUUUUCAUAUUUGUACAGAAUGCUGCUAGGUCACAAGACAAAGAUGGCAUCAAGCAGUACAAGCAGCGAGGAAGAGCGGAGCCUCAGAGAGUGUGAGCAGUAUGUCCAGAAGCACAAAAUCCAGCAGCUGCUCAAGGAUUGCAUUAUCCAGCUGUGCACAUCCCGGCCUGAGCAGCCCAUGGCCUUCCUCAGGGACUACUUCGAAAGACUGGAGAAGCAGGAGGAGGCUCAGCAGACGGCUUUACAGCAGAAGUCCAGCUCAUGGUCAGACUCUCGUGAGGAUGAAGUUUCUCCACCCAUGAACCCUGUGGUUACAGGUCGGAGCAGGAGAGGAGCCAUCAGUGCUGAGGUGUACACUGAGGAAGAUGCUGCUUCCUAUGUCAGAAAGGUCAUCCCAAAAGACUACAAGACCAUGGCUGCCCUGGCCAAAGCCAUGGAGAAGAACGUGCUGUUUGCCCACUUGGAUGACAACGAGAGGAGUGACAUAUUUGAUGCAAUGUUUUCUGUCAACUACAUUGCUGGAGAAACAGUCAUCCAACAAGGUGAUGAGGGAGACAACUUCUACGUUAUUGACCAGGGAGAGAUGGAUGUAUAUGUGAACAAUGAGUGGGUGACCACUAUUGGUGAGGGAGGUAGUUUUGGGGAGCUGGCUUUGAUCUAUGGGACCCCCCGUGCAGCUACAGUCCAGGCCAAGACCAAUGUCAAGCUCUGGGGCAUUGACAGAGACAGCUACAGGAGAAUACUGAUGGGGAGCACUUUGAGAAAGCGCAAGAUGUAUGAGGAGUUCCUCAGCAAGGUGUCCAUUUUAGAGUCUCUGGAUAAGUGGGAGCGUCUGACGGUGGCUGAUGCCUUGGAGACAGUGCAAUUUGAGGACGGCCAGAAAAUUGUGGUGCAAGGAGAGCCUGGCGAUGAGUUCUUCAUCAUCCUGGAGGGCACAGCAGCAGUGCUUCAGAGGCGGUCAGAGGAGGAGGAGUUUGUGGAGGUCGGCAGACUCGGACCAUCAGAUUAUUUUGGUGAAAUCGCCUUGUUGAUGAACCGGCCCCGUGCUGCCACUGUUGUUGCAUGCGGACCCCUCAAGUGUGUCAAACUUGACCGGCCGCGGUUUGAGCGAGUCAUGGGUCCCUGCUCGGACAUCCUGAAGAGAAACAUUGAGCAGUACAACAGCUUUGUUUCCCUCUCUGUCUGAGCUUGUUGGCACUUAGACCCUCCACUCUUCUACUACAGGCUCAGCAAGCGCACAUCUGCUUUAUUUCCUACUUCUACUCUUUCACAUAUGUAACCACACCCACAUGUUCCCCAGGCAAGAUCACUUGAAUACAUCUGCUACUCUUCUUUUUAUUUCCUAUUUAUUGUAUCUUUUUGGUUUAUACUCAGAAGAUAGGAUUAUUGUCUGUGAAGGGAAGAGUUUUUGAGGUCAGACACAGAUGAGUGUUGCUACAUGACCUGGUUCUGUAAUCCCAGUACUAAAAAGGUGUUUGCAUACACUUUGAACAUAUAAUUCAAAUUAAAUAUUGGUGUAUGCCUGCCUGACUGUGCGUUCACACUGUGAUCACUGUGAGCUCAGAGGUCAGUUACAAGUUAUAAAAGUACUGAAAGCUGAUCACAACAGGAUAUUUUGAAAUAGCGCCAAGUCAAGUCUAUGUAUUUAUAGAGCCCAUUUUUAAGCGUGCUGAUAUAGUGAAAAUUCAAUACAUUUAGACAAUUGAAGUGACAAUAAUUAUAUAAAAUCCACAGAUGACAUCAAAUAAUGUAGAAAAAAUAGGAACCUUCAUGUAGUCAAAAUUAAACUUGUGUAGAAAUAGCUGAAGUAAAAAGAUGAGUCAAAUUAAGACAGAAUAUAAAAAUGUGAAUGGAAAUGUGAAUGGUUUAAGGUAACCAAUUCCAUAGUCUCGUGGGAAUAACAAUGAAAAAUGACAAGAAAUGUUACAUUAUCAGUUUUUCAGUAUUAAGCCAAAGAUGUUGACAGUGUGAAUACACAGUUACUUAGUUUGCUCUGCAGAUCUUCAGUCUUCACAAAGAUGCUGUGACAGAUGGUGUCCUGCUGACUGAGGAGGCAUUAUGUUUCUUAAGCGACUGAAAUAUCUCAGCAACAAUUUGAGAAAUUUGCUAUAAAAUUUGGUCUUUCAUGUUCCCCUAAGGAUGAGUUGUAUUAACUUUGGUGAUCCUCUGACUUUUCAUCUAGUGCCAUCAUUGAAUCAAAAUUUCAGUUAGUCCAAUGCUUUCAUUUAUGACCAAAUACCAGCAAAACUAAUGACAUUCCCAUCAGCCUCAGCUGUACUGUAUGUUUACUACUACUUAGCAAAUGUUAGCAUACUGACACGCUAAAGUGGUGAACAUUCUAAACAUGAUACCUGCUAAACAUCAGUAUCAUUGUCAUUAACAUUUAGCUCAAAGUACUGCGGUGCGUAAGUACAGCCUCACAGCAACCAUGGCUGUAGACUCUUGGGUUUUUUUGUUUGUUGUGUGUUCUUGUUUUUAAUUUAUUUAUAUUUGUUGUCUUGGUGUACCUUGUAGAGACAUCUUUUUUAAAGGGUUGCCUUGACAUUGAAAUUCUUUCUUUUCCUGCGUUUCGUCACACAGUUUGACGUAUGUACCAGCCAUACACCUACAGUAUGGAGGAUAGAAAAGGAAAAGAAAUGAGAAAGAAAAAAAUCAAAAUACACAAUUAUUUUUAAUUAAGCUUAACCACUUAGGUCUUGUGGUUUUAAUUACUCAUAGGUAGUUAUAAAUGAAGCUUUCAUUUCAGCUUUUCUGUUUAACAUGUAAGGUUCUUACAUUUCACUGAGCAUUUUUAGAUUGCAUUUUCUCCUUGAUUUCAUUUUUGUAUGUCUUAUUUGUUUUUAACAUUGAAUUGGUAAUAGAGUGAAUAAGAAUAAUGACAUUUUCAAUAACAUUUGCUCCAUAUUUAGUUUUCAGUCUCCGUUAAAGGACACUGCAAAUGUCCAGGGAUCACUUUAACUCUGCUGACAUCAUGUGCUCUUAUGUUGCUCUGUUUAUGGCUCUGCUAUAAACCUAUAUAUUAAGAGUAAAUGACUAUAUUUUUUUGCACAUUUUGUGAUAUACAAAACUAUAUUAUCAGAGAGAAAAUGUUUAUAUGCUGUUAUAUUCACUGUUUAGUGUACAUCUGAUCCUGUCAUUUAAAGGGAGCGCAGGUCAAUACUUACAACAAAAAAACAAAAUAAAACAACAACAACAAAAAAAUGGGGGUUACUUCUUGCAAGAUCAGACAGCCAGUUAGGAAAGAGAUCUACCAUAUGUCAUCCAUGACAUCUUCAUCUGGAGAGUUUCUGUUUCUGUUGUUCUGCACUGAUACAUGGAAGACACUUGGCAUCACAGCUAAGCUGGACCCAAAUAUGAAGCUGAGAAUUUCCAUAUUUCAGAGUCUCAAUAAGGGAUUUAAAAGGUGUUAUGGAGGUUCCCAUAAUGCAGUAUCAUCUUUGAUCUGAACCCCUGUGCCUACUAAAUGCCCAGGGCUUUUAAAAUGCCAUGCCUCUAGUUUGUAACACACUUUUUGUUAAAAAAAUUAUUUUUUUUUGGUUUUGUUUUUUUCUUCAUAUGACUUGAGAACCACAGAAGAAAUUGUACAGCUGUUUCUAAGGCUGAAUAGCACUCAUUAUGAGAAGACUGCUCUGAAUGUGUAAAAUUGGUGGAGUGUCUCUGUUAGUAAUUAGAGAAUCAUGUCAGUCAUAUCUGAGAUACAUGACAGUUAUUUAGUAAGCUCUUGCCCAUUACAGCAAAGAAGCAGUAGGGCUGGGUAUUGCUUUAGAUUUAUCAAUGCCAGAGCAAAAUAUGAUACCUGAGGUUCAGUGCCAAAAAUUUUUUUUUUUAUACCUUGCUUUUAGCAAUAUAAAUGUGUUUCUCUACAAAACCCUUACUUAAAGGAGCCAAAGUUGUCAAAUUUUAAACAUUGUCUAAACAGAUACAGCCAUACAGGAACUUUGCCAAAAAUUUAAUACAGUUUAAGUUUAACAUCAAUCAGAAACUGUGAUCAAAGAAACAGUAAAGAAGAUGAUGCAGUUUAGAUGUAUUCUUUGGGUGUGGGACAGAUUAAGAUACUAUGUGGACACAUUUCAGAUGAUAUCAAAAAGUUAAUGAGGUUCAACACUCAGCCCUAUCUAACAGUAAACAAAUUUACAGGUAGCCCGCUAGUAAACUUGUGUAUUUGGAUGUACAGUAUGUAUGUAAGUCAAGCAUCACAAACAGUCCUUUCCUUAUACUCACUGCUGAUGCUUGGCACUCUGUUUUGCAUUGUUCUGUUACAUCCUCUCAUAUAUUAUUUUCAGACAGUGAUUCUGAAUAGGUAAUUACUGUAGCCAGUAGAGACCUGGUUAUUAGUUUUGGCCUUAACAUUUAUUUUGGGCUUGCAGUUUAUUGAUCUGUUUGUUGUGUUUUUCUGAUAAACAUGCAUCAACAGCAUCACACUUGGUGUUAAAUGUCUCUGAUCUGUUAUUUUUCAAAUAUGUCUUAGAUCAGUAGUUUUGCACCCAUCGGUCAUAUGUACAGUAUUGUGUAGUUUUGACUUGGUACUGUAUUUUUUUCAUCAGCUAUGUUGCGUUAUACUUAUAGUAUUUCUCAUUCACUAGAUGGUAGAAAGCUGAGACAUUGAGUGUGAAUAUGUAUUGCAGAAUUUGUCUUCUACUUCACUUAGAAACCUGGACUGUUUUCAGCCUUAGUUAUACAGCUCACUGUGCACCGCUCAGACCAUCUGUGAUUGUAAAACUGAGAAAUCAGAAGCCUGCAGCAAGUCAGUAGACUCGCAGUGAGUCUCUCCAGAGGACCAUUCUUUUCUAUAAUUUUUAUGACUUUCAUCAGAUUGAUUGGAGUGAUUGUGCUUAAAUGUUGGUGUGUUUUGGAUCUCUCCGUAGGACUUCCUUACAGCAGGUCAAGCAAU